UCUUGAGUUCAAAAAUCCGAAAAGAGAAAAAAUGCGCCGCAGCAACAGAGAGAUUCCAGAAGAGAUUUGUCUUGAAAUCCUUAUAAGAUUGCCAGUCAAAUCCAUACUAAAAUGUAAGUCUGUUUGUAAAUCAUGGUUGUCUCUAAUUUCUAAACCUAAUUUUGCUAAAUUGCAUCUUGAUAUUGCGGUCCAAAGAAAAAACAGUAGAAGUCUCAUUCUCAGAGGCCAAAAUGAGUUAAUUUAUUCUAGAGUUUAUGAUGAAUCAUUAAAAUCCACAUCAUUUAGUGAAAUUGAAGAAGAUUUUGUUGUUGGAAUUGAAGAUUACCCAUUCAAAUCUUCAGGUUAUAAAAUUAAAUUGAUUGGGUCUUGCAAUGGUCUUGUUUGUCUUUUAUUUUAUGAUGAUGACUUGGUGAGUUCUAUGGGGGAAGAAAAUUUCUGUGUUUGGAACCCAGGAACUAAAGAAUUCAAGAAGAUACAUUUUCAGUUAUCCAAUUCAGUUAAUUUUCAAGUUUGCGUAUAUGCUUUCAGUUAUGAUGCCCAAAAUGAUAGCUAUAAGUUGUUGCGGCUCGCAUUCGGAGGUGGAGUUAAUGUUUAUACAUUAGGCUCAAAUUCGUGGAAAACCAUUCCAGCCGGAAAUUAUAUUUGGUUAUCUUAUGGGAAUGAGGUACUUGUUAAUGGAUAUCUUCAUUGGUUAGCCAUAUCAGGGAGCCGGAUGAUCAUUGUCUCAUUGGAUAUCAGUAAUGAGGAAUUCAAAGAAAUUCAACUACCAGUAGAACUUGUGGAGAAUAAGCGUUUGAAUAUCAUCGCUGAUGGAGUUUUGGAAGGGUGCCUCUAUUUACUUGUUAAGGUUGAUGAGGUUGGUGUUGAAUUCUGGGUAAUGCAAGAUUAUGGAUUUCGGGAGUCUUGGACCAAACGUUAUGUUAUCACCAAUGAGAUAGUAACUAACGGCCGUUGUUUGUCAAUUCUGUGGAAUUUUAAAAAUGGUGAGAUUCUAUUUAUGGAAGAUGGUGGGCUGAUAUUAUAUGACCCAAAACAUGAAAGUGCUAUCGAAAGAAAGUUGACUAGUUUAACAGGUGUUACAUCAGAGAAGAAGUAUUUCGAAACUUUUGUUUCGCUGAAUUCUGGUACCUACAUGGGGCGAGGACAAAUAGAGGAAUCAGAUGAAAGUUGAAACACGGAUGAGAAGAAGGAUGAGAAGCAUACUAGACGGUGCUUCGUUGGAAAACAUUGAAUGAUUCCUUUACAUAGUCAAAUGGUUUAGCUUUUGAAAGAUCUACAUUCGUCCAAAAGUAGAGAUAAAUGGAUGCCAAAUAACGGCAUGGAGUCUUGUUCAAUAUUUAGUACAGCAUCUGUCUCAUUUGUGUACGCAAAAUGAAAUGAUUUCAAGUUCCUAGGUUACCUCUCUAUUUGUUCUUGUGUCUAUUGAUGAAGGUCUUGACUUCUCUGCUUCUCCGCUUCCUCCUGGUGUUCUUGGAAGUUAUUUGGCAUCUCAAUUGCACAUGUAAGGGGUAUCUCUGCUACAACGAAGUACAAAAUACAGUCAUGUAAUGGUUGCGGUGUCUGUGGCUCAUUAUGGGGACGACAUGGGGAAAGUUUAUCAUUAAUCCUGUGAUGUAUGAGGCAAAACUGCUGUUCAAAGACUAGAAACUGCUGCAGCUAUAUUUUUUGCAACUGGAAGCUGCAAGUGGACCACACUCAUAGUUAGCUUCACCUACACCAAAAGGAUGUUCAGAAUAACAAUGUUAUUGGUGCUUCUGCAUCCUUGCGUCUGUAAUUCUGUGUCAACGUAAGAGGUAUUUCUGUUACGAUGAAGUACAAAAUACAGUCAUGUUAUGGUUGCGGCAUCUGUGGCUUUAUGGGGACAAAAUGGGGAAAGUUUAUCAUCAAUUCUUUGAUGGAUGAGGAAAACUACUGUUCAAAGACUAGCUAGGAAAUUCCAUAAGAAGGAUUAACCACUGCUAUAUGCUUGCAACUGGAAGCUGCAAGUGGACAUCUGAUAGAUGUUGUGACCAUACUCAGUAUUUAGCUUCACAAUCCUACAACCCAAAUGCUGUUCAGAAUAACAUUGUUGUUGGGAGUAUCUGCAUCUUAUUUUGCAACUUUUGUCUAGUAAAUUGUUCAUUUUGUGUUUAUGCUUUAUACCAUGUGUUCUUUCUGUAAGUAGAUAUGAGAUUGAGGUGGCCUGGUAGUUUCAAAGUGAAGUGUGGAUUAUUGAGCUAUUGUAAUGGGGCUACUUUAACAAACAUUGAACCAGUCGUGCUCUGUAAUAUAUAACCUUGACAUUAACUUAUGUAACGACCUCGAUCUGGGUUUUGUACAGAGCAAUGCAAUUGAUACCCAUGAAUUUAUAAAACAUCUGU